AAGAAGAGAACCGUACGAUAGGACGGACCAAAAAUCGACAUUUAGAUUCGUCAAACGAUUUGGUUUUGGUUUAGAAUAUGAAGAAGAUUGCGUAAAAUUUAAUGCUAUUCCAAAAUAAUCACAACAGAAAAAACAAAUUUCCAAAAGUUUCACCAAACCAAUAAUUCAGUAUACAAAACAAGUGUUAUUGUUCUAUCCUGUAUUUUAUAUUUUGUAUAUUACCUACCCUGGGACAAAUUAAAAAAAAAGAAAGUUCUUUACAAAAUAUAAACCAAAGCAGGUGCCUCCCCCCACAAAUUCUCUCUAAACCGUCACUUUGAACAGCCAAAGUGAGUAAAGUAAAAAAAGAUUUACGUGCGACAAUUAAAGUGAAGGGCCCUCAUUUCCAAUCUACGAUUUGAACAUUGAAAUUCUGAAACGUUUGCUGUGUGUGUGUUCAAAUGGUGGCUUAGUCAGACAAAUGUCAGAGACAGGGCAAUUUUUUGUGAUUUCAAGUUGACUAUCUUCUGAGUGCCACAACUUCACAGUAGCUACUACAAAACCGCCAUUAUAAAGAUGAACAAAGCUUCGAAGCAUGUUCAAAUUCCAUCUACAAUGCCACAAAAGAAUGUUAUUAAUUCUAUUAUGAGUUUCUUGCCAGACAAUAGACCGAUAACUUCUCUGCAGAUAGUGGAAGACUUUGAAAAAUGCCCAAAAAAUUUUACAACGGUUCACCGCACGUACGAUCAAGACUCUGAUGCUGAUCUAUGGCGUGAAAAUAGCAUUAUUUUUGGGAGACAAACUGCUCGUUAUCUAUGCCUUUCAAAAACUGAAGGUUUGCCUGAAUAUGUUGUGGAGACAUUGAGGGUGAUUUCGGAGAAAGAAUUACCACCAAAGGAAUUUUCAUUGCUUUCGAGGACCGCAGACACAGAACAAAAGGCAUGGAGAAAGCGUCAGAUUGCAUAUAAACUUUCUAAACGCAGCUCGGUGACGCACGCUGUGACAGACAUAAUUCUCUGUUCAAAACUCAAGACUGCACCGGAGGGAUUUAAAUUGGCUGGGGAUAUCAAUGGAAUUUUAGUAUGCUACAAAACUGGAGUACUGUACAUACGGGUCCCUCCACAGCUUCCUCAACAAGAGCUUCAUGCUGAUGUUCAAGCUAAUAGUGAGGUUGAAAAGGCUUUAAAUCGAUUAAACCUUAACAGGCGAUCUAAUCAACCGCUUCCACCUGUACCACAGCCAAAUGAUAACGAUUAUGAAGAAAUUCAAGCGUCCUAUCAAAUUUCACCAAUGCGUCCAGCGCCAAAACCACCUGCCACUGCAGCAGCUGGUUCUUCAGCAUAUUGUAUUGGAACACUUGGGGCAUAUUCAGAACUAGAAGGAGUACCCUUUAACCUUCAUCCCAAUUUAAAAACAAAAUUCGAACUUCCAUCACUUCCAGUUAUUCCAGAUUCCCUAUGUGACCUGGACUAUGAUUUUCAAUUAGAGCGCCAAAUCUUAUGUACUAUGAAAUCAUCAGCAUCAAAAAAUCCGUUUUUUCAGUGAGAAUGAAUUAUAAAUAAACAUUUAAUUGUUCUUUUAUAGCGUAGUAUUAACUUGUUGAGCUAGUUAGUAACAAAUAUAACAAUUAAUUCAAAAAUAUUGUCGAACAAAUCUUUCCAGACAUAAACUAGCUAAGAAAGAACGAUUAAUCUAUCACAACAACCUCACAUUUAGCGUCGCCAUUUCUUGCCUUUACACGGCAUUAUGGCAAAGUAAUAUGAUUGUUAAGUUCAAAUAUUUUAAUGAACAAAUAUUUACAUACAAACAAAUAUAAACGAGAAUAAAAUUCUAAACAAGCAAAUUAUUAA